AUGACGUCGAUCAGGAGCUACUUCAGCGGCUGCUCAAAGGCCACAGAUACCGACAGAAUUAUUCUUGCCCCAUCAUCUAUCAGUCCUCGCCGAAAUGACGUCGCCGACGACACGCUGAUCGGGCCCGACGAGUUCAAACUGAAUGGGAAGCAGUAUGUCCGCUGCUGCGUUUUUGCGAAGCGCCAGAAGCAUAAUAAGAAGAGGACGUCCAUUGUCUGGAUGCAUGGCGAGGAUAUCCAGCGCAAGCAGAAUCCGACGAAAAGGUUCUGGAAGACCGGUGAAUUCAACCCGAGAAAGAAAGGUUCGUCACAGCCAUCAAUCAUUGACUUCAAUAGUAUAUCCACCCUUGUAUUCAAACGCCGAUUUGACAUUCGGUGGAUCGUCUAUUGCCAUAUCGCCUUCUUUCAGAUUGAAGAUGCCUACUUUCGCGAACUCCUCUUUUACAUCUUUCCUGGCCUAACAAAGCUCCUCCCGAAGGCCAGGCUGAUAAUUCGCAGGUGGAUUAAAGAGGCGUUUGACGCAAGGAAGGAGAGGCUGCGUCUGGACAUGGAAGAGGCCCACAGCAAUGUGUCGAUUUCGUUUGACUUAUGGACGUCACCUAAUUAUCUGGCCAUACUCGGUUGUGUCGCUCACUUCAUCGACAAAAAGGGCGAAAAUAUGGCGGAUGUCCUCCUCCAUAUAUUCGACGACUAUAAGAUUAGUGGCCGAAUUGGGUACUUUAUGGCAGACAACGCGAGUUCAAAUGAUACCUGCGUUGACCUGGUCCUUCAAGCUCUUUAUCCAAACAUGAGCAAAAAGCAGCGCCUACGACGACGUCUUGGGUGUUUUGGCCAUAUUGUCAACCUCUGCACGCAGGCUUUUAUCAUCGGAAAGGACGCAGAGAAGAUUUGCAGGGACCUUGAAGCUGCAUAUCGCGAAGGGGAUUUGAAGAGAAUUGGUGAGCUCUGGAGGAAGCGCGGUGCGAUAGGAAGGCUCUACAAUAUUAUACGACAUAUUAGGGCCAGUCCUCAACGCCGUCAGUUCUUUAGAUCAAUUGAGAUUGGCGGUGAUCUAGCUGCCUUUGAUGGAUUAGAGGUUAUUCAGAGCCAGUCCACGCGUUGGAACUCAUACUUCCUGUCUAUCGGACGCGCCCUUAACGUUAAAGAACGUAUUCAGCUCUUAUGUGAUCAAUACGAGCCUCCGUCAGACACAAAAGAUGUCCUAGACGACCGCCUAACCCCACGGCAAUGGGACGAACUUGGCCACCUCCAUGACCAACUUGAGACGUUCUACGAGGCUACCCUAAUGAAUGAAGGGAAGCAAUGGACUCUUGCUGAUCAUUUUCAGUCGUUGAACUGGCUAGUUGAUGAAAUCCAAAUUGCCCGACAGAAAUUCGAACAGCUUGCCAAAGGCGCCCUUCGAAAGUGUGGCCAUAGGCAGGAUAAGCUGAACAAAGCUGUUCUCUAA